AGCUUCUGCAAUAGAGAGAGAUAGCAUGAUAUUUUAUUUAUUUAUUUAUAUUUUUGUCCCCGGAAACGGUCCAAUACGGAUAUGGCCUCCCAACUUCCCGUCAUCUCAGCGAAGAACACAUAACGAUGGAUUUGAUGGACCGUAAUUUUCACUGAGCUUUGAUUGAUUGGAUUCUGAAGAUUCUCGGGUUCCUCUCCUCCCAUGGCGCCUGCAACUUCUAGUGACCCCAACACCAGAAAUCGAACCAACCCCUUAUCCGGAUUCAUUCAAUUCACUUCCCCAAAUUCCCCAUCCUUCCUCACCUUCAAAACCCCACCCUCCUCCCCAUCAUCUUCUUCCAAUGUUCUGUUCCCUCUAUUCUCUUCGGACUCAUCCCUGCGAACACCUCUUUAUGCCCAGCUAGCUUCUCCUCAGUUCGACUCGUUUCAGCCCGAAUCCCCUCAAGCUUCUGCAGAACCAGUCGCACAAUCUUCGUCGUCGCCCACCGUUAAGAACAUGGGUUCUAAGUCUGCCACUGGGUUUCCUUCCGCCGUCAAGAUUUCCGGCCUUAAAUCCGUCAGGGACCAGCGAGCUGGGCCGGCCUUUGUUGGUCAAGUAUUUAGCAUGUGUGACCUUUCAGGAACCGGUCUCAUGGCGGUUUCAACCCAUUUUGAUAUACCAUUCCUUUCAAAAAGGACUCCAGAAUGGCUCAAGAAGAUGUUUGCAGCGGUUUCAAAAAGUGAAAGAAAUGGUCCAGUGUUCCGUUUCUUCAUGGAUCUUGGCGAUGCAGUUUCUUAUGUCAAACGGCUAAAUAUUCCAAGUGGUGUGGUUGGUGCAUGUCGUCUUGAUUUAGCAUUCGAGCAUUUCAAGGAGAAGCCUCACUUAUUCCAAUUUGUCCCUAAUGAGAGACAGGUUAAAGAAGCUAACAAACUCCUCAAGAGUUUGCCACAGAAAGAUGGAUGUAAAAAAGUGGAAGGUGUGCCUGUUUUCAGUGCUCAUAAUUUGGACAUAGCUAUAGCGACCUCUGAUGGUAUAAGAUGGUACACACCAUAUUUCUUCGACAAAAGUACCUUAGACAAUAUCCUAGAAGAAUCCGUUGAUCAGCAUUUCCAUUCAUUGAUCCAGACUCGAAAUGUGCAGCGCAGACGUGAUAUUCUUGAUGACAAUUUGGCAGCUGAAGUAAUGGAAGAAAUGGGAGAUAGCCUGUUGGAGCCUCCAGAGGUUCAGGAAGUGAUGGAUGAAGUGGGCAAUCCUGGGAUACCUUUGAGUGUCCUAUCAAAAGCUGCUGAACUUCAGCUUCUUCAUGCUGUUGAUAAGGUUCUUCUUGGAAACAGAUGGUUGCGGAAAGUAACUGGAAUUCAACCAAAAUUUCCUUAUGUGGUGGACUCGUUCGAGAGAAGGAGUGCUACUUCUUUCUUGAGAGCAUGUAAAUCAUCAAACUUCCUUUCUGACUCUAAUGUAGAGGAUGAUAGAAUGCCGCUCCGGAGCCUUUACAACUCGGAGGGUGGCAUGCAAAAUAAUUUCACUGCCGAGCCUGGACAAGGGCAGGAUUGUCGCCCUUCUUUCAUGGAUUGGUUGUCUCCUCCAUGGUUGAAGCAACGGAAGAAGCCUCCAAAUUUAGCAAACAAAGGAGAGUUUAACGAUACGAAGUCCACUGGACAGUUGCUGAAGCAGUCUCAUCUUCUACCACGAAUUACCAUGGUUGGAAUUGCAACGGGUGAGGCAGGGCAUAUGAAUAAGGCCACAUUGAAGAAGACGAUGGAUGAUCUGACAAAAGAACUGGAAAGGAUCGAUCAGGUAAAUCAGACGGGAAGUGCUACUAAUGAAUGCAAUAUUGAAGAGAGAGAUCCUCUCUUUGUGGCCAAUGUUGGCGAUUAUGCGAAAACUAUUUCGGCUCGUUUAGUUAGGAGAGAAGCAAACUAAAGCCAUAUACAAGUCCUUUUGAUAUCUUUUAUUGGCAAUUGGAAGAGAAAAAAAAAAAGUCGAAUUUAAGGCUCGAUUACAUAGCUGUAGCGUAUUAGAUGAUCUGGAAGUCAGUGAUGAUAGUUUCCAACAGUUAACAUUCAACUUAAGGGAUGAACAUUUUGUAGGAUUAGAUAUGUGCAUACAGGUAGGAAAAACUGUAAAAUUUAGCUGUUGCCUAUAUAUCUCUUCAUAAUUUAGUUGUAAUCCUAGGAUCAAAGAGGUAUGCAGAGGUCCCGUAAUUUUGUACACCUGUUUGCCUCCCUGACGUGUAUGGAUCGUUUAAAGAUAUAGGGAAAUGUAUACAUGUGGGUAAUUUCGGUAAUUAGCUUUUGUUUAGAGACUAUGAUCAGAUUCUUUCUCUGUGAUUUGUUAGGUAAAAAUAGACUGGAUCAUAAUAAAACAUGAUACUGAAGUGAUCAAGAUGAACUCUU